AUGCCUCAUCACGCAGUCGACGGCGGAUGUAGUCUGCUGUACUAUGAAGAUAGCGGUGCACCAGCCGGAUCAGCUGACUAUGUCACCGUCUUCCUUGUACACGGCACAAUGUUUUCAAGCGCCAUAUUCCGAAGAGUGAUCCCAUGCGCCGCACGCCACGAUCUUCGACUUGUUCUGAUCAAUUGCCGAGACUACCCAGGUUCCACGCUCUACUCAGCAUCGGAACUUAGAGCACUAUCGUCCCCUGACCCUGCUACGCAGGGUUUAGCGCUUCAAGCACGCGGCCUCGAAUUCGCGGAGUUCAUACGCAGGUUCAUCGAGAUGGAACGUAUUCCGCCCAUCACUGUAUCGCAGGGCCCCACCGGCGUCCGGAGGGGUGGAUUCUCGUUACUCGGGUGGUCGUCCGGGAAUUGCCAGACCAUCCCUCUCCUGGCAUAUGCGCACCUGGUGCCAAAUGCCACGAGAAGACUGUUCGAUGCGUACUUCCGAUCAUUCGUCAUGUACGAUAUCUCACUCCCCGCGACCGGUGAAACACCUAUAUCAGGGAUCUGGACUCCCCUGCGCGAUAGCACGCUCAGCGCUGCGGAGAAGUUCAGCCAAUUCUCCGAAUGGGUGUCGUACUACUUCACUCCCACCGGCUUCGGCGCCUCCGACGAUAUCGACACCCCCGGCAUAACGGACGCUCUCGUAGCGCGCAUCGCCUUGCACCAAGACAAGACGUCCCCUACCAACAGCGCUCAGUGGAUGCCAACUGUUCACCGGAUAGGUCCACAGAAGAUGCGCGAAGUGUGUCACGUCGAAGUGAUGGCGCGCAGCCAGAAGUACUACCAGAACAUAGCUCCGGCGGUAUAUCGAGAGAACGUCCGUCGUGCGGUGCUUCAAGGUAAGACGAGCGAAGGCAUGGUCUGGCCUGACCUCAAAGUGGCUGUUGUGUGGUGCGACAUGUCAAAUAGUGACGUGGUCAGUGCGGCGAUGAAGCUGAAGGCGCUCACGAGGAGUAACAGAGAGCAGGGCGAGGGCCGUGAUGUCGCGUUCCACAAGCUGGAGAAGGCCAAUCACUUUGCACACUGGGACGACCCCGAAAGCUUCACUUCGUUUCUUGCAAGAGUUGUCUGA